AUGGCAAAAAUCCACCUUCUCCUAGUAGUUGCCCUUUCAUGUCUCACUGCUCUCACCUCCGCCCGCACGAGAAUCUUACACCGAACAUGGAUGUGGAACAUCGACCCAGACCUCUCGAGCCCAGAGUGCGACAAGAACCACCGGGUGAAUGUCAACAUCAAAGUCCGCCCACAACAGCCCGCCGCUAAUCUGAACGCUGAAAAAUGCACAACACUGUACAAAUACUUUGACGGCCAAAUCGGAAGUCCAGAUAUUGACCUUUUCCUCCGCUGCGACGCGAACGACUCCCCCACAAGCUUCGAUGGUGACCAGGACGGGAAACUAGUGUUCACGUACAAAGUGGGUAAGUUUGACGACGCAAUCGAUUGGACCAAACACGGCCAUGUCUAUCAGAAGCUCAACGGUACCCUGAAGGUGAGCGAUCGUGUGUUGGGAGAUGUUGUCGAUGUGGACGUCAAGUUGGGUGUCAAGGUUGACAAGAAAAAGCGCAUCGCCAAGUAUCAGUUCAUUUAUUGCUGA